CGGCGCUCGCGUCUUGUGCUUGUGUGAGGUCCGGGUGGCCGGCUGUGACCCCAUGGCGGACCCCCGGGAGGAAUCGGAGCCCCUUCUGAGCCGGACCCGCGGCAGCAGUGGCCGCGAUUUCUCGGAGGGCGUAACUUCCUGUCACAGCGUCCAAGUCGGCCCUGGUGCCGUGGCCAGGCGGGAUCUGUGCUUGGACCAGGCUGUGGUCUUCAUCGAAGACGCCAUCCAGUAUCGCUCCAUCAACCACCGCGUGGACGCCAGGUCUCUGUGGCUGUACCGAUGGUACUACUCCAGCAUGAGCCAGUGGUUUCUGAGCUUCACCAUUUUCUUGAUCCUGGCUUUGGCUUUUAUUGAGACCCCCUCCUCACUCACCAGCACCUCUGAUGUGCGCUACCGCCCGGCCCCCUGGGAGCCGCCCUGCGGCCUGACCGAGGGCGUCGAGGCACUCUGCCUGCUGGUCUUCGCGGCCGACGUCUCCGUGAAGAGCUACCUGGUUGGGUGGGUCCAGUUUCGGAAGAACCCCUGGCUGCUGGCCUACCUCGUGGUGCUGCUCGUGUCUUUCGUGGACUGGAUCGUGUCGCUGAGCCUCAUGUGUCAGGAGCCCGUGCGGGUGCGCCGGCUCCUGCGCCCCUUUUUCCUGAUGCAGAACUCCUCCAUGAUGAAGAAGACGCUCAAGUGCAUCCGGUGGUCGCUGCCCGAGAUGGCCAGCGUUGGGCUGCUGCUGGCCAUCCACCUGUGCCUCUUCACCAUGUUUGGGAUGCUGCUCUUCCCCGGCGAGAAGGACGACAGGCGGGACAGGGAGCGGCUGACCUACUUCCGCAACCUGCCCGAGGCUCUGACCUCCCUCCUGGUGUUGCUCACCACGGCCAACAACCCUGAUGUGAUGAUUCCUGCCUAUUCCAAGAACCGGCUCUACGCCAUCUUCUUCAUAGCCUUCACCCUGAUAGGGAGCUUGUUUUUGAUGAACCUGCUGACGGCCAUCAUCUACAAUCAGUUCCGGGGCUACCUGAUGAAGUCUCUGCAGACCUCACUGUUGCGGAGGCGCCUGGGGAUCCGGGCUGCCUACAAGGUCCUCUCGUCCAUGACGGCAGAGGGAGAAGCCCACCCCGAGGGAGUUCGGGUGAAGCCCCAGGACUUCCUGCAGGUGCUUCAGAAAGUCCAGCUGGACAGUGACCACAAACAGGCCAUCAUGGAGAAGCUGCAUUCCCGCAGUGGGGACCUGCUGUCAGCUGACGAGUUUCAGAAGCUCUUCGAUGAGUUUGACAAAAGGGUGAUUAAAGAGCCCCCGCCGCGGCCCGAGUACCGGUCUCCGUUUCUGCAGAACGCCCAGUUCCUCUUCGGCCACCACUACUUUGACUACCUGGGCAACCUCAUGGCCCUUGGAAACCUCGUGACCAUCUGUGUGUUCCUGGUGUUGGAUGCAGAUGUGCUGCCCGAGGACCGUGAUGACUUCGUGCUGGGGGUUCUCAACUGCGUCUUCAUCCUGUACUACCUGCUGGAGAUGCUGCUCAAGGUGUUCGCUCUGGGCCUGCAGGGGUACCUCGUCUCCUCCAGCAACGUGUUCGACGGGCUACUCACCGUCGUCCUGCUGGUUUUGGAGAUCUCAACUCUGGCUGUGUACCGCUUCCCACACCCGGGCUGGAAGCCGGAGAUGCUGGGCCUGCUGUCGCUGUGGGACAUGACCCGGCUCGUGAACACGCUCAUAGCCUUCCGCUUCCUGCGCAUCAUUCCCAGCGUGGAGCUGAUGGCUGUGGUGGCCAGUACCAUCCUGGACCUGAUCAAAAACAUGCGGGCUUUCGGCGGGAUACUGGCGGUGGUCUACUACGUCUUUGCUGUCAUCGGCAUCAUCCUGUUCCGAGGUGUCAUCGUGGCUCCUGGAAACAGCAGCCUGGCCCCUGACAACGGCUCUGCGCCCUGCGGGAGCUUCGAGCAGCUGGAGUACUGGACCAACAACUUUGACGACUUUGCCGCCGCCCUGGUCACUCUGUGGGACGUGAUGGUCGUGAACAACUGGCAGGUGUUCCUGGACGCCUUCCGGCGCUACGCGGGCCCGUGGUCCAAGAUCUAUUUUGUGCUGUGGUGGCUGGUGUCGUCUGUCAUCUGGGUCAACCUGUUCCUGGCUCUGAUUCUGGAGAACUUCCUUCACAAGUGGGACCGCCGCAGUCACCUGCAGUCCCUCACAGGGGACCUAGAGGCCACCUCUGAGGUGACCGUGGAGCUCCUGUUCAGGGAUGUCCUGGAGGAGCCCACGGAGGAAGAACUGACAGAGAAGCUGAGCCACCACCCGCACCUGCAGCUGUGCAGGUGACGUCCAGACGCCUUCCUGGCUGGGGCGGCGGCAGGUGAUGCGGCCUCGGGAUGGGCGCCGGCUGGGGGAGGAGGCGGCCGCGGCCCACCGGAGAGGCUUCUCCCUUGGGCAGAGCCACCGUGCGCGCCGACGCUGGGACACACGCAGGCCCUGGUUGGGAGCCGAGCUGGACCACCUCCGUGGCCCCUCGGGCGCUGUCCACGCCACUUUCUUUUUUUGGGGGGGGGUACGCGGGCCUCUCACUGUUGUGGCCUCUCCCGUUGCGGAGCACAGGCUCCGGACGUGCAGGCUCAGCGGCCAUGGCUCACGAGCCCAGCUGCUCCACGGCAUGUGGGAUCUUUCCGGACCGGGGCACGAACCCGCGUCCCCUGCAUCGGCAGGCGGACUCUCAACCGCUGCGCCACCAGGGAAGCCCCACGCCACUUUCUUUUAUAAGCUGUUUCCCUGAGACUUAUUUUUCUAAAUGUGGAAAGAGGGUGACUCCACAGAGACCUUUGAGACAGUGUGAAAGGGAGAUGCAGCAGCCCUCCCCCUGUGCCCUGUGAUUUCCGUGGUGCCUUCACUGCUGGUGGCCUUCAGGGACCAGAGGCCCACGUGAGGCCCGCACAGGCCAACCGGCAGCUUUCCAGGGCAUUAAGCUUGGGAUCCUGGUUUUACAUGAUAAGAAUCUGGACUGUGUUUUAUUAUUUUAUGUCUCGUGUGAGUGUGAUUGGGCGCGUGUCUUUAUGGGUGAGGACGCCAGUCAUCUUCAUCAAUAAGUCUUGCAAAGAAGGAGGUGGUCCUUAUUCCAACACGACUGUGCUUCUCUGGAACGGGGCCACCAGGUCUCAGCCUGUCAGAAGCCAGUGCUGUGGUCGGACCAGCCCUUGUGGUUCGUACUGUGUUAGCAAGAUGCCUUUCAGCAACCACCAUCAGGAAACUUUGAAAAAAUAAAGGUUUAUUACUUACAA